AUGGAUGUGGGUGCAGCGCAAUUCGAGGAACAGUUGCCCCGUCUGCAGGAGCUCCUCCUUGGCUGCGACUUUGUUGGCUUUGACAUGGAAUUCACAGGUUUGCACUCGGUCUUUCCGCCUGAUAGACAACCUGGUCUCUUUGAUUCUCCUGCUGAGUGGUACCGGAAAGCCAGACGAAGUGUUCAGCAGUUUACAGUGAGUCAGCUUGGUUUGUCAAUAUUUUGCAAUGAAAAGUCAAACAAGUAUAUGGCACAUUCAUAUAACUUUUUCCUCUUCCCCACGACAUUUGGCCAAAUGGAUUCUGAAUUCUCUUUCCAAGCAUCUAGCAUUCAGUUCCUGUCUCACUAUGGUUUUGACUUUAACAAGUUUCUUAAAGAUGGGAUCCCAUAUAUGAAUGAAACACAAGAGAGGAAACUCCAGCAUCUUUUACCUGGUAGUUGGGUGAUCUGUAGUGGUUUCAGAAAGGACAAGCUGAAAAGAGUGAUUGAUGAAGUAACAUGCUGGGUAUCCUCAGCAGAAGAGGAAGAUUCUAUGGUUUUGCGAGAUAUUUAUGGUUUCCAGAUAUUUGAAAUACAGCUGAUUCUAAGGCAAGCUAUCCAAGAUAUUUGGACGAUCCCUUUGGGAGGUCAAGAGGUGAUGGUGAAAAAGAUGAAUCCACACCAUCGUUGGCAGCUGGAAAACACUUCCUGUGACUCCUGUCAAAGAGAGAAAAUUCUUCUCUCUGCAAGGGGCUUUACCAACCUUUUCCAGACACUUGUUAAAGCAAAGAAGCCUUUGGUGGGACACAACAUGCUGAUGGAUCUUCUGCAUCUGCAUGAGAAGUUUUACAGACCCCUUCCUGAAAACUAUGAGGAGUUUAAAAAGAAUGUACACACCCUGUUUCCUGUUCUCAUAGACACAAAGAAUGUAGCAAAAGCUACCUGGAAGGAAUUCCAGUUUCCUCAAGCUUCUACUCUUUUGGAGGUUUAUGAAGUGUUGUGCAGUGCCAUGAAUCCUUCAAACCAGUCUGGUCCAGAGAUCUUGCAUGCAAGCGACUGCCUCAAAUAUGCUACGACGAAGUCUCCCCAUGAGGCGGCCUAUGAUGCAUUCCUCUGUGGAUCAGUGCUUCUUAAAAUUGCCCAUUUGCUCCUUUGCGGAAGUUCUUGUGAUCCAACAAGGAGUGCCCCCUCUUUUUCUCAGUACUUUGAGGUAUUGGCUGCGUACGUGAAUCAGGUGAAUCUGAUUCGAGCUGGAGUUUCGAAAAUUAAUUUUUCUGGCAUGGAUCGCUCUACAGAGCGCCCCCCUCUCCUCAUAGCUGAUGUACGAGGAUGGCCUGGGGUGAAUGAGGAGCAGAUCCACCGGGAGUUAAGAACUUUCUGCCGAUUCGAUGUGCAACGCCUGGGAGUGAGCCGAUUUCUCUUGCUCUCCAAUAAAUUUAAAGAUGUCAGGAUGAUUCUGAGAGAAUAUAAAGCGCACCCCAACCUGCAGAUUUCUCUGUACCGCCACUGGAGGCAUUCUCCACGAGUGAACUGCUUCCUGCAAAUUUGUGGCGUUGUGGCUUCUUGGUCUCUACUGGCUUUCUUGCUCGGAGGUUCUUCCAAUUAUGCUGUGUAGCGGAUCAUCUC